UCGUCUCGCAGUUUGAAUGCAGAACAAGGGAAAGAAAGAUUCGUGAGUUUUCAGAGGAACUUGAGGUUUGUAACUUUAACUUUAAUUAAACCGAGACUUGUUAGGAGUCCCGUGAGCCGCCGAAUGAACCAAACUUCGCCUUGAAAUUCUCAGUUUAAAGCUCAGGUCUGAUCUGGAUCAACCUGUGCCCUACAGACAAGAACCAACGGCGGGAUGGACUGUCGAGCUAAUAGCGAUGUGUUCUUCCUGAACGAUGAGAAGUUUGACUUCGAUGUUUCUCUGUCACCUGCCAGCUCCAAAGGUGAUGAAGACGAGGGUGAUGUGUUCGUUGGUUCAUUUAGCCAUGAGGAGAAGUUUUUCUCUGUUGAUGUGGCAUCUCGGCUCAAGGACAGCGGUGGUGGCGUGCGGGUGAGCUGGAGCCCAUUGACUGGGGAUAAGCUGGAGGCUGUGUGUCAGGAAGCCCACUGGCUAGCCACCCAGCUGCAGAGCGGCAAGCCGAGCCAGGUGCAUGGCGAGGGACAGGAGACCACCGUCAUGGCCAGCGACCCCGCAACCACCAGGGAAGAGUUUGUUCAGGGCGCAGAGGCCAAACUGGAUGUGCUUGGUCAAACCGCCAGUGCACUCAGCCCCAUCAAACGCCAGACCUUCUGCGUACAGGACAGUCCCAUGAAGCAGCUCCCCCCCGCGGUCCAGCGCCACCUGCUGAGAGGAAGCAGUGCCAAUGCAGCUUCAUCCAAACGCCCAGCUGCCACCAACAAAGCUUCAUCCACCCGCCCCGCCACUGCCAAUUCAGCAUCCUCCACCAACUCUGCGUCUACAGCUUCAUCAACCCGCCCCACUGCAAGACUCAGCACCUCCAGCCCCGUUGCUGGCGCCAGGGCUCAGCCCAAGACGGCGCUGCGAGGGAAAGCAGCACUGGGUGGUGGCAUCGUGCUGCCGAGCAAACCAGCUGCUCCAACAACUUCCUGUUCAGCCGCCAAGAGCAAAGUGGAGAAAACCAGACUGCAGCCACCAAUCAAAGCGGUGGGGGGUUGGAGGCGGAGCCUGACCUCUCGUCCCUCCAGCAGGGCGGAGUCUUAUGAGGAUCUGCUCUCUGAUUCGGCGAGCGUGGCCUCUGACAUCAGCGACUCCUCCCUCAACUCUAGUCAGCAGGGGAAACGCACACUGGCUCCGCCCACCAAGAGUGUUAUGAGGAACGGGUCAGGUGUGAAAACUCCGUCUCUUCAGAGCAGGAGGGUGACAGACAGGAAGAACAUGUCCUCGUCCUCAUCCUCAAUGUCGAGCUUCAACUCCAGCAUGUCUCUGUCCCCCGCUAAAGGUAAACUGAACUCUUCUCUGAACCGGAGUGUAAGCGGCUCCAGUGGCCCAGCGCCCAGCAGCGUCAACAGAGCGGCCAAACACAGCAGACCACGUCGCUCCACCACCUAUGCCGCCGCAGAGCCGACAACCUCUGCCGCAGCCCGCCGCCGCUCGCUGUCUGCCCAGGCCAGGAAUCUGUCUGAGGCGGAGCGCAUCAAAGCCAACAGGUCCACGCCGCUGAAGAGAGCUGAGGCCACGCCUUUCCAGAUGACGCCCGCCAAGAGGGUUUUGGAGAGGACCACCUCCGUACCCCCCAUCGCCUUAGUCCGUCCACAGAGCGGACUGAAGGCCAAGGCCGAACCGGAGGCCGUGGUCGUACCGACACCGAGCGGAGGAGCGAGAGGAGUCCAACACGGAGAUGACGUCUCAUCAAACGUGAUGAAGCCAAAGAGGCUGAUGUCAGUGAGCAACGUGGACAGUCUUCCUCAGAAACCCUCUGCUGCCCCUCUGACGCCCUCUGCUGGUGGCUGCAGGGCGUUGCAGAUGAAGGCACGUCGUCCCUCUGCCCUCCCCACCCCGGUGAGAUGCAGGAUGUCCGCCAUCCCCACGCCCACCAACCGGACCUGGUCCGUCAGGCCGCUGCCCACCUUCGAUGCUGACCCCGCCCCUGGCCUGGCCAGGAAAGAAAGCAGCUGCAGCCCCGCCCCUGCAGUCACACAGGAGGCGGAGCCUGAUGACACCCCUGACAUCCAGCCCUUCUCUCUGGAGGAGGAGCAGCCCCCUGCAGCCCCCCUCCCCAGCCCACCCUGCAGCCCCCCUCCCCAGCCUGACCAGUCAGAGAGCACGGAUCCUGUGGCGCCGGGUCAGAGCCAAUCAGAGCCUGUUAGAAACCUGAUCGAACUGGAAACUACAGAGGAGAGCAGCAGCAAGACACAAGAGGUUCUCCUGUUGGAUCUUCCAGCUCCUGUUCUGCAGCCUCAUGAGAAACUGCUCAUCGACCUGACCAACACGCCCAACCUGAUCCGCACCAGCAACAAGACCUGCACUACAACUCAGCACCUGAUCGACCUCAGCUCUCCGCUCAUCAAGUGGAGCCCAGAGGACAAGAGGGAGAACAACGCUCCGCUCAUCAACCUGUCCUUCUGAUCCAGAUCCUCCCGAACACCUGGAUCUGUCUCUGCAUUAAACUGGACUCAGCAGGUUUCUGUCCUUAGAAACUCUUAAUAAUAAUAAUCCAGUUUACAACAAAGUUUUAAUCAGUGAUGUUUUUACUGAAUCGGAGUAUUAUGUUUUAAAUUAUGAAAAUAUUCAGAGGUUUGCUGAAGUUUUUCUGCACCUGAUUCUACUUUUCAUUGUCUCUGUAUCGCUGCUCUUAUUGAUGUCUGAAUAAAUGUUGUUAAUAUCA